AUGGAUCAACGAAAUCGUGAGGCGAAAGAGCAACGAAGUCAUUCUCGAAAUCUGCCAGAAUCAUGGUCAGAUAUGCAAGACGUUCAAUAUUCGGAAAAUGAGAUGGCUAAUUAUUAUACACAAGCGCUUGAGAGUAUCCAAGUCCUUGAGAAUGCAUAUAUCGACUUCAAGGGCAACCUAGAUAAGGGCUUCAUUCAGGUAAAAGACAAUCUCCAAUACGAGACGCAGUUAAAUGCGAGUUUCGGUACCAGAAACCACAUGUCCCUUUCCCGAGCGGUGGGCAAAUUAUUUGGUGGCUCCCGACCAAAACUUGCUCAGAACAAUAAGAAAACUCGCGAGCUACCUGGCGAGCGACGAGAUCUGGAGAGUCGAAUAAAGGCACUCGCCUCAGAGAAAGAGCAAUUGAGAGCCGUAAUUGUCAAAUUGCAAAACGAUCUGAAGCAAAUGAAGGAAAACUUUGAGCACGAGUCUCGAGCACGAAAGAACAGCAUUGCCAACCUUGAGAGCGAAAAAGAGAGAUGUACACAAAUAUACCAUGGACUAAGCAAAAAAUACGGAGAUUUACGCCAAUUGCAUUCUAAUACAGUUGAAUCCCUAGAAACAGCCGAGAACAACAAUAGGAAAGCCCAUACUCAACUCGCCAAAUAUCGAGAUAUCAUUACAAAGGAAGAUGAUGCGUCGUCGAGUGAACCGGACGAUGCUACAAUAACACAUGCUUUUCGAAGCCUUGUUGAGGGCAUCCAGCGUAUCAUUCUGACCUUCUACACGGUGGACAUCUCCCCAAUACAGCCGACAGUGCCCACGCUUGAUCAAAUGAAUCUUCUCGACCUCUGCCAGAGUCAUAAGAGCGCAUCUGAGAUACAAAAUAGAAUCAGAGGAAUAGCAUUCCGCAAUGCCCGAGCACAAGCCGAUUUCACCACUUGGAGAAUAGCUACACUCAGAUGCGCAAAGUCGAUCCGUACUAGAGAUUCACCUCACCCAGCAUACUUUGCUGAAUAUCUCAAGUCAACCUUAGACCCUAUUCGGAUUCGGAAUGAGAACGGAGCUGUGAAUUUGGCCGAGGAGCAGAAGCUUGACGCGCAAUUGAUGCGGGAUACUUAUCUUUGCGAAAUUCCGGAGUGUGAGAAGGUCAUGAAUCCCGAAGAGGCGGAACCACAAUGUGAAGAGAAAAGACAUGAGUCUUGUGUUAGGAGGGGCAAAGAGUACAUUGUGGCGUAUGCACUUUCGGGUACCUUGGUAAGAAUUCCGGAACGCAAUCCAGAGAAUAGGGUCAUCUUGCAGAAAGCCUUGGUAGUGCUGGAGUGUGAUUGA